AUGAUUACAGUUGGAAUCCUACUUGCAACCAUAGCUCCUUUCGGAACGAUUCGAGAAUGGCCAAUUGAAAACUUUGUUAAUUAUGAAGUUCCGGAUAGCGUAUCCGCUCUUCUUAAAUACAACUACUACAUUCCUAUAAUAGCAUCAAUAAUUUCAAUUAUAUUGGUACGCUUUUCAUGUAACUAUGAAACACCGCAAUAUUACGUUUCGCAUAGAAGACUAAACGAUGCGAUAUCACUACUCAAACUUUUACACAACAAAGAAAAUGUUGACGAGGAAUUAACAGAAAUUAUUAAGUCAAAUCAGCAAGCCAACAAUGUAAGAAGACAGAAAAAAAACUUCGUACAUGGUCUUAAACAAUCUAAAAACCUAAGAAAAGUUUUACUUUUCGGAAUAUUCUUAAGCACUUUUCAACAAAUUACGGGUAUUAACGUAUUCAUCACGUCUUCAAACCUUUUAUUCAGACUUGCGGGUUAUACAGGUGACAAACCUAUGAUUAUUAGUCUGAUCAUGAAUGCCGUUAACUGUUUGGUAACUAUUCCAGCAUUGUAUUUGAUCGAAAAACUAGGAAGACGAACUUUAUUACUUAUUGGUGUUGGUGGAAUGACUUUGUCUAUUUUACCUGCUGCUAUUGCUUUUUGGUUCAAAGAUGAAACAAACCAUAUCGCGAGAACUUUAGCAACAAUUGGUUGCAUAGCCUUUAUUAUCUCUUUCGCAAUAAGUUAUGGUCCGAUUCUGUGGGUGUAUCUUGCUGAAAUUUUCCCGGUCGAGUUUAAGUUUCAACUCAACAGCAUUUGCUUAGCACUUAACUGGUUUUUCGCAGUUUUAAUGGUUUACAUUGCACAAUAUUUGUAUAUUAGAGUUAGCUACAGCGUUUUAGCUGUCGCAUGUUUGAUAGCCUUCAUUGUACUUUGGUUUUUUAUGAAAGAAACAAAAGGAACAGUUCUUGGCAAUAUUGCCGAAACUUCUCAUACAAAACAAUCAAUGGAAGUUUCAGAAAAUAUAUAA